CGCGGCGCCCCACGCAGGCGGGUCAGCGCGCCUAUUCCGCCGGGAGCAGCACCGCUCGGAGCCCGCACCGACUGCCGCUGCGGGAUGCUGCGCUCGACGUCCACCGUCACCCUGCUCUCGGGCGGCGGCACCAGGACGCCCGGGACGCCCAGCAGGAGGGCGAAUGUCUGCAGACUACGGCUGACGGUGCCCCCUGAGAGUCCGAUUUCGGAGGAAAGUGAAAAGAAGUUUGAAGGAAAAGAACAACAUCCCGACCCAAGCAAUGGGGAGCCAACCAGGAAACUUCCUCAGGGUGUUGUCUAUGGCGUGGUGCGAAGAUCCGAUCAAAACCAGCAGAAAGAGAUGGUGGUGUAUGGGUGGUCCACCAAUCAGCUGAAGGAAGAGAUGAAUUACAUCAAAGAUGUGAGAGCCACUUUGGAAAAAGUGAGGAAGCGAAUGUACGGAGACUAUGAUGAAAUGAGACAGAAGAUUCGACAGAUCACCCAGGAGCUGUCAGUUUCACAGGCUCAGAAGGACUAUCUAGAGAAUCACAUCCAAACACAGUCGUCAGCCCUGGACAGCGUUAACGCCGUGAGCUCAGCAUUGGCGUCAGACUCCAUUGACCUGCAGAAAACACUUGUGGAUGUUACUUUGGAAAAUAGCGACAUUAAGGAUCAAAUCAGAAAUUUGCAGCAGACGUAUCAAGCGUCCAUGGACAAGCUGCAGGAAAAGCAGAGGCAGUUAGAGGCAGCGCAUGUUGAGAACCAGCUACUGAAAAUGAAGGUGGAGUCGUCGCACGCAGCCAACGCUGAGGCCAUGCGAGAGAUGACGCGGAAGCUGUACGGCCAGUACGAGGACAGGCUGCGCGAGGAGCAGCGGCGGCACGGUGCCGAGAAGGAGGCUCUGCUGGAGGAAACGAAUAGUUUUCUGAAAAUGAUCGAAGAAGCCAAUAAAAAGAUGCAGGUGGCAGAGAUCAGCCUAGAAGAGAAAGACCAGAGGAUUGGGGAGCUGGACAGGCUGAUCGAACGCAUGGAAAAGGAACGCCAUCAACUGCAGCGACAACUCCUAGAGCACGAAAGAGAAAUGUCCGGGGAGAUGACUGCUUCUGACGACGAGAGGUACCAGCAGCUGGAGGAGGCCUCUGCCAGCCUCCGGGAACGGAUCAGACAUCUAGAUGACAUGGUGCAUUGCCAGCAGAAGAAAGUCAAGCAGAUGGUGGAGGAGAUUGAAUCAUUAAAGAAGAAAGUGCAACAGAAACAACUCUUAAUACUGCAGCUUUUAGAAAAGAUAUCUUUCUUAGAAGGAGAGAAUAAUGAACUGCAAAGCAAGCUGGAUUAUUUAAUAGAAACCCAGCCCAAGACUGAAGUGGAAACCAGAGAGAUUGGAGUGGGCUGUGAUCUCCUACCCAGGUUCUGCUCUCCAGAUCCUUCUCCUCCCCGGCCUGAUCUCUGUGUUACACCGAUUCCUAGAGAGCAAGGAGAAGGGGCAGAAGUGAGAAGCGAAACAAAUCGGACCCGUGAAGUUGCGAUGCCGUCCAGGAACUAUGCCCCGUACGCACGCGUCCUGGAGCUGACCAUGAAGAAAUCCCUGACCUAGGCACUCCGACACCUGAACUCUGCAGAUGGACAAAGGCCCUGGAACCCGGCAGCUUGACGUCUGAUAGGGUGACUGUUGCUUCUUCAUACACCCAGCCUAAGCCAGAGUGGAAAUUGCUGCAGUUCUGAUCCAUUUCAUAAAACGUGAAGGAAAAGUGGAGGGAGGGGGAGGGCAGGAAAAAGUUUACAAGGUCACAUUUCAAACACCAAACCAGACUAUUCCGCUGUACUGGGCCAUUGUUAGUUUUCCAUGUCUCCACUGAAGUCCUGUCCGGAGAAUUCCCUCACAAUUUAUUUUGUUUUACUAGACUUCAGUGGGGAGGAAAAAGGGCAUUCAUUUGAAAUUUCAUGUUGUUCACACCAGGACCAUUUGUUACCGCAUGAAAGUUUUGUUUACCCGUAAAAGUAUUAGAGGCAGUAUUUCUCUGGUACAGAGAAGCCUGCCCACCAGAGCAGGGCACCGGGGACACGUGACCCUGGGAGGGAGGGAGUCCCAGGGCAGGCGCUGUCUCCACUGGGUGCGGGGGUUGGGUGCAGCCUCGGGAGAUGGUCCUCAGGUCCUCGUGUGGGCAGACAUGCUUCGCUCCGGUGCUGAUCCCCUGGUUCAACCUGUGCUUGUGCCUCUGGGGAGCCAGCAAAUCACUAUAUUUAUUCGACCUGUGAUUUUUUUUCUUUCUUUCUCACUUUAACUGAAAGAGAAUUUUGUAUGUUGUCAAAAUUUAAUCAUUUCAUGUUUUCAGUAUUGAUUGGUGUUUUUGUUAAACGAAUGAGUAAUUGGUAAUGAUUUGUUCGUGCAUGCUCUACUUUGAUAUUAUAAUAACCCGU